UUAAGCAUUUAUCCCCUCUGCAGAAAAUUCCACAUUUUGGAUACUGCGACGAAAUUGACCUGACGGCUCUCGUCGGACUGCGGAAAGAGUUGAAGGCCAUGGCAGAAGCUCAUGGAGUGCGACUCUCGUACAUGCCCUUCUUCAUCAAGGCAGCGUCGAUGGCCCUCUUGCACUACCCGGUUCUUAAUUCGUCCGUGGACGAUAAAUGCGAAAAGAUCACUUACAAGGCUAGUCAUAACAUUGGCAUUGCCAUGGACACCAGUAAUGGACUGGUGGUGCCAAACAUAAAAGGCGUCCAAGGCUUGACACUCCUGGAAGUUGCAGCUGAACUGAAUCGUCUCCAAGAUUUGGGAAUGCGAGGGUCUCUUAAAACUCAGGACAUUACCGGUGGGACCUUCAGUCUCUCUAAUAUAGGAAAUAUUGGUGGAACAUAUGCCAAACCUGUUAUAUUACCUCCAGGAGUAGCUAUUGGUGCAAUUGGCAAAAUUCAGGUCCUGCCAAGGUUUGACGCAGCAGGCAACAUUGUCAAGGCACACAUCAUGCAGGUCAGCUGGUCUGCUGAUCACCGGGUAAUAGACGGAGCAACAAUGGCACGUUUCUCCAACCUGUGGAAGAAGUUCAUAGAAAAUCCCGCAACAAUGACCAUGCAUAUGAAGUGAUUGGCCUAAAGUGAAUGCGUAGGAGAAUAAUGAAAUUCGUAUUGAUGUACCUUUAGCAGGUAAUAGAACAAGAAUGCUCUUGUGGUUUCUAAAGAGUUGAAAGUGCUUUAUGGAUACACAGUGGCUUUGUAAUAACAACUUUCUGGAAUUGCCAAAGUCUUGUUGGUAUGUAUGUCAAUGAGACUUCAUUUUAUAUCUUAAUGGGGUGGGGUCCAAUAGAACUGCAAUGGGCGUUCAGUAUUUAUGAAUUGUUCAGUUAGAAUUUUGUGAUAGAUUCUGUAGGAAUACCCGAAAAACUUUGAUGCAAAUAUUCACUAGUGUAGGAUAAGUUUUCUACAGAAAACUCUGUGAUUGAUGAAUGUACUUUAGUUAAUACAGGUAGUUUAUUAAUUUGAGAUUACGGUGUAGUAGUGUUCAGGGAUGUACAUGCUAAUUAAAACAAAUAUGUAACUAGUGAUUUUGGGUAGUUUUAAAUAAUUUCAAACUGGUAUUGCUUAUGCUUGGAUGACAAGUGAUAAUUCUAGGCCCUAGUUGUGUUUGAUGAUUGUUAUUUUCGUUCUAACUUAUCAGUCAGACUUAUGAACUUGUAAAUUCUUCAGGCUGCAUUUGGAGGCGUGUCCAAAAGGGUAACUUAAGAAAACUAGGAUUUUGGAUUUUGUGCUCAUGGUGUAUAUAAAAGCUGGUACAUAAUGGUUAGUGUCACCUUGCUGAAGAAGCCUGAUUGCUUAAUGUGAGUAUGGAUCUCAUCAAAUGUAUUGUGGGUAUAUUUAGAAAUUAUUCUCCAUGAAAAGGUGACAAGUUUCAUUUAUAUAAACCCCAACUUCCUUAUUUUCAGGUGUAUUGAUUAAAUUUUCCUGUGAUUUGAGUCUUUGUAUAACUAAACUAACAUGAUACGUAUUGUGGUCUUUCAUCACUGAAGGCCAGCUUUGAAUUGUGGUAUUCCAUAGAGUAUGGUAUUUUGAAUUAGAUUUUGAACAUGUUCUUAGAAAUUAGGUCUCCUUUCGUGCACCAGUCCAACUUCAAUAUUGUCUUAUGUCAGGUUUUAUCUCAUUUAAAAUUACCCUAGAUCAUUUGGCUAACCUUAGAGAGUGAUAAGCUUAAUCAGCAAAAUAAAUGAAGAAAAUAGCUUAACAUCUUUGUCUAAAGGUAUACAGCUGUGCUGUUAAUUUUGUCGUUCAUUUUCAUAGUUAAACUGAUGAGGGUGACAAGCAUCUUUUACUUAGUUUAUAUUGGUGUGUUAAUAUAAAAUUGCAGUUUCCAGUGAAUUUGCCAGUUACCAUUUUACUUACAAAUGGGCACCUUAUAUUAAGAGUUAACUGUCAUUCAGUUAUUGAACUUUUAAGCUGCUAUGUAGACUUUUCCCUUUAAGGGAAUAAGUGUAAUGAGUUCUCUCCCUUUAUGGUGCAACCGUGAUCAGGUGAAGGUCUUUGCAUGUUAGAAUAUAUAGCAUUUGUUCAGUUUUGAACAAAUGCCCCAAGCCAGCCGUACAAGGAUUAAAAACGUAUCUCAAUGUAUGUUUUCAACCUUUUAAAAAGUUUUUUCUAUCUAGGAACAAGGGAUUUGCAGAGUUGUAAGAAAAAUUUUACCAAAAAAUAUAGAUUUUAAUUAUAGGCUUGUCCAUAUAGUGUAUACAUACAGCUAGGAUUUCAAGUCAUUAGCCCCUGUGGUAGGCAGGUUCCAUAUGAAUAGUGUUCAUCUUCUGAAUAGAAAUGAUGAUGAUAAUACGUUUUGGAAUCCAUAAUAUUUCUAAAUAUCACAUUGGUAUUUAUGAUAUUGGUAAAUGAUGUGUCAGGAUCUAAAAUUUCUGUAAUAUAGGAGGCUGCUUUACUGUGCAUCUGUUAAAUUGCAAGACAAAAUUUUUUUAUGUGAAUUAGACUUCAGGAUAUUUUGAAAGGCUCUAAUGGAAAUAUAUGUGAUCAUUGAUGUGGAAUUCUUCUUGAUAGGAUUUAAAUUUUGCCCUUUUAAUGGUUAAAAUAUUUCUAAUAUUAGCUUACCCUGGAUAAAAUAAAGUACGAACUAGUGAUUUUUGACAUAGCUUAUUGUCUCAAUGUAUAUUCAUUUGGAAAUCUUUUUGUACUAUUACAAUUUUAUUUUUUUACAUCCAUACUAUCAAUUUUGCAGUCUCUCUUCUCGUAGUAAAAUGCAAAGUUCAAUUUAGUGCAAGGAACUUUCCAGGUAGGUUGAAUUUCUAAAUGACACUGGUUAUGUUUUAAGGCUGAAUUAAGAUAAAAAUAGUUAACAGUUACCUUGGACAGAUCAGGCAUUAAAAAAAUGUGCCAUAUAAGUGCUGUUUGUAAAAAGGUAAAACGGUGUAGCAGGUAAAUGCAGUAUUGCUUACUAACAUCACUCAGAAAGUUGGUGAAGUUAUAUAAUAAUAUUAGUUUUGGGUUGAACGAGGAUGUUGUAGUGUUGGUAAUCUGUUUCUGUAGGUGAUGGGAGCAUGUAAGUACAAUAAUAGGUAUCCCAAAAUUUUAUUUUUGUAGGGUGUGUUCGUCGAUGCUUUAGUUUUAGGUGAAUUAUUCACGUUCCGCUCAUUGUAGUAGUUCUUUGGUUUGGUGACGAUCUCUUUUUAGUAUUACUAUAUUUUCCGCAUUGUAAGAGAAGCAUUGUUUCUAUUGUCAUAAGCAACAAAUGCAAAUGUCUGUCAUUUUGUCUAUAAUAUGACAUCAUAGAACUUAUAGUAACUUAUGCAGAAUUCAUUUAAAAUUUAAAUAAGAAUAUUGAGAUGUCAUUGAAUGUGAAAUUUUACUAACUUUAUUUUAAUUGUGGGUCUGUAUCACUUAAUGUUUUAGGUAUGAAGGAAAGUUACUUUGAUACAGUAUUUUGCUUAUAUUUGCUCAAGAAAGCUGUUGAAUAUACAGUAUGCUUUCAGUGUUUUACAAAUUGACAUUGGUCUAAUGUAACCUUCCUGAAUGAGUAUGACUGGGGAUUUAAGGUGCAAUUGCAUUCCCUAUUGAAUAGGCUGGUUGAAUUGUAUUUUUUUCAGAUUUUCUUAGAUUUUACAAUUCCAUAAUUUCCAGAUACCUGUAUUUUUAUGAUUCUGCUAAUCGAUAGACUCUUGAGUUUUGGAAAGUUUAUCAGAAUUGAAACUCAUUUAAAUGUUAUUAGGAUGUAUUUUGUUCAUUGUGCAGAAUUACUUUGCCUCCUCUUUGAUUUUAGAUUAUUUUAUUGUUAUGGUACAAUACAGGAAUAUAUUUAUAAUGAACCAUUUGCUUUGACAUCCUGAGAUGCUUUUAGUCAGGUAUCCGUUACAGUUGGUGAAAGUGGCAAGAUUUUUAUGAAAUGCUAAAUCAGACAUUAGUAUUGGGAAGUUGCAUAGUAUUUAGGGAGCAAAGUGACAGCUAUAACCAUGCAUAAGCAAGUUAUAAUGGAAUUUGCCAGAAAAGCAAAGCAUAAUCUUACUGUAUUUGGUUUGCAUGUUGUCUUAUGAUAUUUGAAACUAGGAAGUUCUCUUAGUCCAUUGUGAUUCUGUUGUGAUAUGUUUGUAGUCUAUGUUUUACACAACUUCGUGAAUGAUAUAUGCCUUUUCUCCUUGAUGGAGAAGGCCCUGUCUCGCUGGACUGCUAUCAGUCAAGUUCCAGAAAAUUUGUACUGUGCAUGCUCUGUCCUGCCCACUGGGCUACCUCCUCACUUUUUCCCAGGAUUGCCUUGCUAUCUGCAGUGCUUAGUUGUUAGCAAUUAAUUUCAUUUUCAUCCAUUCAGUUUAAUUCAUCCUUAAAUGCAGCAGGGAGGUUCAAAGUCUAAAUGCUUGAGUGUUGUGCAGUUUUCUUCUCACUUGUGAACAUGUAGAAAGUUUUCUUCAUUUUUGAGAGCAAGUGCCUGAAGGUAACCUUCAACCUUCUAUCUGUGGGAGAGGCUACUGAAUGGAAUGAGGAGUCGUUUUCAUUUUGAAAGCGAGUGCCUGGAGGUACCCUUCAACUUUUCCUGUUCUACCUCUAAUGUAUGGACAGAAGCUUAGAUGUCUUUUUGUUAGGACAAGUCAUUGCAGCAGGUGCUCUUCUGUCUGUGGGAGAUGGGAUGAAUCGUCUUUAUCUACUUUGUCCUGAUUCAUUAUCACUUGCUUGCAACUUAUGCAACUGAGGAGAGAACGUUCCAGUGUACUGGUUUACACUUUUAAUGUUGGCGGUAGCAAACUCUCUGUUCCUUUCCUAGCUGUUACUAGAUACAGACUUAGUUUUACAUUUACAUGGCCAUCAUAGCUCCUUGCCAGUGCACAGGAAGGUUUCACUUUUAACCUUGCUCAUCUGGAUGUAGUAUUGACAGGAAGGAUGAAGCAAGUGGAGUGGGAAUAUUUUGAAACUUCACUGAAAUACGUCCUGUAAGAUUUGGAUUUCUUCAAGAAAAUAAGGCACAUAUGCCUUUGGGUUUGCAUGAAUAAACUCUUUGUGUCAUAAAAACCAGUAUUUAACCUUACAGUCUCACUUCAGCUCAUUCAAGCAUUAGCUUUCAAUGUACAAAGGUGUAUUGGAAUGUGUGUGAACUUUAUUGCAGUAUAACUGUGGUAGGAUUCAGAAUUUUUAAGUGUUGUAAAGGCCAAAAGUAGUAAUUUAAAAUGCUUGUAUUGUACAGAAUAGUAAAUAUAUUUUGAAAAAAUA